CCAGCUGAGCGGCCCCCGCUGCCAGAGGCUCCGUGUCGGAGGGAGGGGGCGGGAUGGGGCGGUGUGUUUUGGGCCGCGGCCCGCCCCGCCCCGGCAGCCUUAAAAUGGCGGCGACUGGCAGGCGAGCGGCAGACUGCGCAGUCAUGGCGGGAGCGCGGGUCUGUGUGACGCUGCUGGCCGUGGCACUGGUGUUCGCUGGCGCCGUGCUGGGUGUCGAGGACCGCCCGCGGCUCCUGGGGGCCCCAGUGGAAAUCGGCGACACCGGCAACGACGAAGGUCUGCAGCAGGCCCUGCAUUUCGCCAUGGCGGAGUACAACAAGGCCAGCAACGAUAUGUACUCCAGCCGGGUGGUGCGGAUCAUCAGCGCCAAGAAGCAGAUUGUGUCUGGAGUCAAGUACAUAAUGGAAGUUGAGAUUGGCCGGACAACUUGCCCAAAGCCAGCAGCUGAUCUCCAGAGCUGUGCUUUCCAUGAUGCACCGCAGAUGGCUAAGCACACCAUUUGCAACUUCGUAGUGUACACUGUUCCUUGGCUAAACCAAAUGAGACUACUGAGCAGUAGGUGCCAGUAAGCCUACCUUGGUUUCUGCAGAGACCAGCAGCCAGUUGCUCAGAUCUAAAAGGAAAAAACCAAAAGCAAUAACACAAAUUGAGAUGGGCUUUAUCAAUGCCUGUUAACUACUUAUGUAUGCUUGUGCUAUGCAAGUUAAACUAUGUAACUUCCCUUAAAGCACAGUAUGAUUUCAACUUUUUCUUCUUUGUAAUUACAUGUUAGGGCAACUGUUUCGGUCUUCCUACAGCUUUCCCAAUAAAGGAACUCCACAUCAGAAUUCUGAUUAUAAAAAAAACACCUUGGUAUCCUUGUUAAGUAACUACUGUAAACAUAAAAACUUAAUUAAUAA